UUCCUGCUUUCACUUUGCUGCCGAGCUCAGGCCCUGGAUGGGGGUGGUUGUUCUCCCGGCCCCCCCCCGGCGUUAAAGGUACAAAAGGAGAAGGAGUGUGGGCGUGUGGAGCAGUAAGAGGAGAGCAGCACCCAGCAGCACCUCAGGGCACCCACAGCUCUUCAGAGGUCCAGAGCUGGAGCCAUGGCAGGGGACGGGGAGCUCAGACGUGUCAUCAAGGACCUGCAGAAAACCAUUGCUGAGCUGAAUCGCAGCUACAGGGAGCAGAACCUGCCGGUGACGGAUGGCAGCCGGGAGCUGCACAGCCUCUGUGCCCAGCUGGAAUUCCUCCUGCAGUUUGAUCUCAAGGAGAAGAAGAGCUUUUUUGGGCAGCGCAAGGACUACUGGGACUUCUUGUGCCAGGGCCUGGCACAGCGUCGGCAGGAGCACGAGGGCAUCCGCUUCGUCACCUCGCUGGACAAGCUGAAGACCCCUGUGGGCAGAGGCCGUGCCUUCCUGCGCUACUGCCUGGUGCACCGGCAGCUAGCCGAGUCCCUGCAACUCUGCCUCCUCGACCCCGAGAGCCUGAGUGAGUGGUACUACGCCCGCAGCCCCUUCCUGAGUCCCCAGCGGCGGGCUGAGAUACUGGGCAGCCUGUACGAGCUGGAUGGCAUCUCCUUCCACCUGGCCCUGCACAGGGCUGACCUGGACACUGCCUGGCCCAUGUUCUCUGAGACACUGGUGCGGCCCAGUGUGCUGAAGAUGACCCUGCAGACAGAAGGUAGCAGCACGGGGGUACAUAGAUGUCCUGAUGGCAUCGCCCAGCCAGUUGCAGUGCCCCAUGGGAUGCCAGCCUGUCCCAGCCCACGGGCAGAGGGUGAGGAGGAAGAUGAUGUGGAAGCAGAAGAGAAUGGAGAGGAAGACACGGAGGACAACGAAAAGGAGGAGGACAACGAAAAGGAGGAGGACAUGCCCAGCACUGCUGAAGCACAGUGUAGCACCAACGCGGAUCCCAGCCCGACCCCAACACCCGACCCGGGGCUCACACCCGGCUCCCCAGCCCAUAGUGCGAUGGAGGCAUCCCUGCGAGCACAGGUGUCUCAGCUGCGUGCCGAGCUGGGGCGGCAGGAGGAGGCCUGGCGUGCCCAGCUGGAACGGGAGGAGCGGCAGCACCGGCAGAAAGAGGAGCGCAGCGCCCGGCAGGUCCGGCUGUGGGCCCUUGAGGCCGAGGCGCUGCGGGACACCAACGCCUUCCUCAGCCGAACGCUGGCCGAGGCGGCGGGUGGCCCGGGGGGGCUGGCACAGGCGCAGGAGGAGGCUCGGCGGUGGCGGGAGGUGGCGGAGGAGCGGGCAGCACGCCUGGACGAGGCAAUGGCAGAGGUGGCAAUGCUGACCUCGCGCCUGCAGGAGUGCCAGGCUGCAAUGCAGGCACGGGGACAAACAGAUGCCCCAGCCCAGAUGGCCGCCCUGGAGGAGGUGCUGCGGCGGGCACUGGAGCUCUCCCAUGACCCACUGAUGGACAAUCAGGAAGAGGGGGACCCCAGCACGGCUGCUGGCAUGGCAAUGCAACACGGGAGGAAGCCUUGCAGAGCAGGCAGCAGAUCCAGGCCCUGCAGGAGGAGGUGGUGCGGCUGCAGGAGCAGCUCAGCAGGUGGGGACGGGACAAACUGCAGGGUGCCCUACGUGCUGCAGGGGUUACCCUUGGUGCCCCACUUUGAGCCAGGGGAUGGGCAGGGAGAGAGAUGUGGAGAGGGAGAGAUGGAGUUGGGAAGGGAAGCAGAUAGAAGUUUGGGGAUUGAUGAGUAGGUGAAAGAAUGGAUGCAUCAGUGGGCAGAGGGAUAUGGGAAUUAAUCUGGGUGAGCAGAUGGAGGGGGAGAUAGGGUGAUUUGGGGUGAUUGGAUGGGUAAGCAGAGGGAUGAAGGGAUGAAGAUUGGGUGAGCAGAUGGAGAGGAUGAUGGAUGGAUGGAUGGAUGGAUGGAUGGAUGGAUGGAUGGAUGGAUGGAUGGAUGGAUGAAGGGAUGGAUGAAGGGAUGGAUGAAGGGAUGGAUGAAGGGAUGGAUGAAGGGAUGGAUGAAGGAAUGGAUGAAGGGAUGGAUGAAGGGAUGGAUGGGCAGAAAGACAAAGGGAUGGCUUUGGGGAAGGAUGGAUGGACAGCUAGGGUGGAUGUUAAGAUGGCUGUGAGGAUGGACAGUGGAUGGCUUUAGGAAUGGAUGGAGAAGUGGCCACCAGAGGGACAGGCAGACCUUCUCCCCACUGCCACCCUGGGGCUGGGCUCAAAGGUGCCACACCUGCCCCAAUGCCAGGGCUCGUCAGGACGGGGAGCGCUGGGCAUCAGCCCUGCAGCGGACGCAGCGGGAGGUGCAGGAGCGGGAGGCCAUGCGUGGCGCAGAGCAGGCACGGCAGCAGGAGCUCAUCC